UCGCAGGCACCCGUUUUGCCAAGUGAGCACUGGGCCUUGUCAUGAUGGCCUAUCUGAAUCAUUUAUGCGUAAUGAACGCUGAGCUGGCAGCCUGUGACAAAAAGCUUGUCCAGGGUUGUCCAAUGCUAUCUUUGACAGCCGCUACUUGGAACCAGUCUAAGGAUGAAGCAUGCGCUGGAUCACUUCUCCUGCGUCCUCCUCGUCCUAAUAGGUCUUUCAGCCAGCGUCAUCGGGCAAACAUGUAUGAACUACGGUGAAACUUCUCCAUCGAAUGCCUCGAGCUGUCUUUGUCCUCCGGGCUUUGGAGGUGCUACGUGUGCACAACCAGCAUGCGGUGGCACCAUAUUCGAUGGUUCGAGCCGCUCUUUAGCUCAACCAUCUGCCUCAUCGGCUGGUUUUGCGAACUUAACUGCGUCCGAUUGCACCUGCGAAAGCGGAUGGGGAGGAGUGGGCUGUAAUGUUUGCACUACCUCCUCAGCAUGUCAGGUCGCGUAUACUGCGGUCAAUGGCAACGCAAGUGCAAUCUCGGGGCUUGGUGGUUUAAACGACACUAUGGUCUGCAAUACUGCGCCUACUGUAUGGGCAGCUGGCGAACUUAGCUGUCAAGUCAAUAAUCCCACCUUGGAGGCACUGUAUCCUCUCCGAUCUACUCUGAACAUUCUCCGUACUUUGAACAGCUCUCUAUCCCCACUGCACAACACCAGUGGAACGUUAUUGUCAUCCUCCACUAGCUCCUCUAUCUAUGCCCAACUUAUGUAUGCCGGCGUCGAGCAGUUCUUCUGUACUGCUUCGCCGUGUACCCAAACAUCAUCCAACUCCACCACCAGUUCGGGCAAUACCACGUCUGACAGUUGGACAUGCCAGAAUCUUUCAUGUGAAUGUAUCGCAAAUGCUACAUUCUGCGGUGGUGUGCCGAUCUCAAACCUCACAAGUACUAUUAACGGACUCACUGGCACGUUGACAAUUGCGUGCGAUAGCACCAAUACCUGCCAUUUUCAACAGGAUACCAUCAAUUCAGUAUUCGGAAGUCAGGGAUUAUCCAUGGAAGGAUGCGUCUUUGGUGAAUGUGUCACUCAGGCCGUCAUCGACACAACAAACGCAACUUCUUCCGCUGCAGCUGCGUCAGGUGGAACCGAACUUAGCGGAGGAGUUAUUGCAGGACUUGCUGUUGUUGGGGCGAUAAUUUUGUUUGGGCUAGCAGUCGUUGCGUGGGGCUGGUAUGUCCAACGGGCGGCGAAAAAGUUACCUUUUAAUGGAGGUCAGAGCGGCGGAAUAAGCGUUCGGUGGUCCGACAUUUCAUAUAUCGUGCAUUCGCCCAAAAAUUCACUGUUCUCCCUGAUUACCAAACCUACUAUGCGCGGGGGAAAGACCAUCCUCGAUAGUGUCAGCGGCGGUGUCGAAUCAGGCCAGCUCAUGGCAAUCCUUGGUCCUAGUGGAGCAGGCAAGACUACUCUUGUCGAACUCAUUGCCGGGAAGACAAAAUCAGGCCAAUACACCGGGUCUAUCACGUUCCCUCCAUACUCUCCUGGACAUCAUCCAAGGGUAGCUUUCGUCCCGCAGAAUGACAUCCUUCCCGCAAUGCUGACUGUCCGCGAAGCCCUUACAUUCGCCGCGUCCCUUCGCCUCCCCGAAUCUCUUCCAGUAUCCUCGAAGGCAGCACUGGUUUCUACCGUCAUUUCCAAACUAGGUUUGGAUGCCGUUGCCGAAACUAGAAUCGGCGCGACUGAUGGGACGGGUAGAGGUAUCAGUGGCGGAGAAGCCCGUCGCGUUAGCAUUGGGCUUGAACUUGUUGGAUGCCCCGAUGUUCUUGUUUGUGACGAGCCCACCAGCGGACUAGACUCUGUUAGCGCCCGGAGGGUUGUCAAUGUGCUGAAGGAACUUGCACGUGAAGGUGGUGUUGCUAUAGGUCAUCAAGGCUCACAUGGUCAUCGAAAGGGCGUGGCGGUGAUCUGCAGUGUACAUCAGCCAAGUUCGCGGCUUUACCACACCUUUGACUCUGUUCACCUUCUUUCCAAUGGGCGCGCACUUUAUUCGGGGCCGGGCGGACUAGCACCAGCACAAUAUUUCAUGCGCAUGCGAGAAGGGGGAGGAGCCGGGGCUGAUGUCCCACCAUACGAAGAGGGUUACAACGUCGCAGAUUAUCUACUCGACAUUGCGAGCGAGUCUCCUGGUAUCCCUAGCAUGUCACCGGGCAUCAGUGCAGUUGACGAAAUAGAGCUAAGUGUCAGCGACGAGGAGAAGGUUGAUGGAGGGAAAGAUGUUGAAGCGCUCUCUACACAAAAUUUUGCAGCGGGCAGGUAUGCGGCAACAUUCCUCACGCAGUUACAAGUGCUCUGCGGACGCGAAUGGAAAAUUUUGAGAAGAGACAAGACCUUAUUUUUCACGCAUGUGGGCGUUGCCUUCGUGCUCGGCGUAUUCUGUGGUGGUCUCUACUAUCAGACUGGUGUAACUAUCGCCGGAUUCCAGGCCAGAGUCGGCUGCCUUUUCUUUAUGGGGUCUCUCAUCGCAUUCUCGUCCCUUAGCGCCCUCUAUAACAUCGUUGAGAUACGACCCCUCUUCCUCCGGGAGAGGUCAAACUGGUAUUACAGCCCGACGGCGUGGCUUCUUUCACGUUUGAUAUUCGACGUGAUACCCCUUCGCAUUAUACCCACCAUCAUUGUGUGCACCAUCACAUACUGGAUGGCUGGGCUUGCGCAUGACGCAGUUCAUUUCUUCAAGUUCCUACUUGUCAUUGCGCUGUACACGCUAGUCAUGACGCUCUUUAACUUCCUUCUAGGAACGCUAUUCCGCAACGGCGGGAUCGCGAUUCUGCUUUCCGCUCUUUCUGCACUCUACCAGAUGACCUAUGCCGGUUUCUUUGUCCACCUCUCUUCGAUACCGCCUGUCUUGCGUUGGCUGCAAUGGCUUUGUCCACUCAAUUAUACCCUUGAAGCUAUUUCGGUAAACGAAGUAGGUUCAGGACUGAUGAUCCAGGAUACCUUGCAAGGCGUACCCGUCAAUGUAUCGGCGACCCUCAUCAUGCAGCUGCUGUUUGGUUUUGGCUUGAACCAUUAUUAUAGAGAUGUUCUUGUGCUGUUUGCUUUUAUAGCUGGGCUUGGUGUUGCUGUUAUCGCUGUGGUCUGGUUGAAAAUGAGAGAGAGGCGGUGAUGGUCGGCUUUGAACAAAUUGUUUGCGUUUUCUUCAUAUGUUAGAUCUUUACCUGGUUUCGCUAAUUAGGCUCACCGUUAUUGUAAUGCGUUUUCUUUAGUCCGGUUAUCUGGCUUCA